AGCACCUAGAAACUCUUCCUAAGCAAGUUAGGCCAGGACUGGGCUGGGGGGUGGCCGUGUGGUGGGGCUGUGUGUGGGGCUGGGUUUAGCCUGGAUCCCAAAAUCAAGGUCCCUGGAGGCAGCUUGUGUUAGCUGCCCCCAUGGGACAGUGCCUGGGUAGGGCAGACAUGGGGGGGCCUGCUGGACUGUCCCUUCCCCCAGCGCUUUGGGAAGUUGGCAGCAUGAGACCGGCGGUGGCUCCCCAUUGCACAAGCAGUGUCCUGCCCCCGCUUCCCCCCCAACAGCCUAGUCUAUGCCCCCAGGUUGGAAUCUGCCUCCCAGCGCCGCCUCCCCCCCGCCAGCUGGGCAACUCUUCCCACGGUGGCCCCCAUCCCCUCUCCGGCCCACACCCAAAGCCCUGUGGAUUGUGGGCUAGGCACAGCAACCCUCAGUCAACAGCCGGACCCCUGAUUCCUCAGCUAGUGGGGUGCAAAUUCCCCAGCGAGAGCCCUAGCUCGUGCACGGACCCUGGCAUCCGGGGCCAAAUUCCCAGAUUCUGCAUCCCCCUCAGGCUGCAGGUGCACAGUGGAGCAAGGGUUAAAACUCUUGCUUUCUCCAGGGAAAUAGCUGCCAGCCGCAGCAUUUGGUGCAUCAUCAUUAGGGUUCAGGGUUAACACCCAUGGUAGCAACCCACAUCUGAUGCAGGCUGGCUGCAAACUCUAGCCAGCAAUGGCUGCGAACUCCCACGGGCUGGCACAUGACUCUGGUCCCGAUGAUGUCGCACGGGGGUGGGUAGGAUGUGAUCUCACAGUCCCCCCCCCCGCGUCUCCCGUCCCCCGCAUCAAACACCCACUUCUCAUUACAGGCGUCAUCUGGACCCGCCUCCCAUUGGCUGCUGCUCAAUCCCCCUACUCCAAGCCCUCCAUCUCCCUCAGCCCCAGCGGGGAGAUCGCGCCGGGGACGGACGUCUCCAUCUCCUGCCGCGGGCCCCGGCAGGGCAUGCGGUUCAAGGUGUACCGGGCGGGGGUCGCGCGGUGGCACACGGAGCCGGCCGGCUUGACAGCCGAAUUCCACAUCCCCAACGUCCGGCGGGAGGACGGGGGCACCUACACCUGCAGCUACGAGAGCCUGGGGGAGCCGCCCGUCAGCUCCCCCCGCAGCGACCCCGUGGAGCUGGUGGUAGCAGUGCACUUCUCCAAGCCCUCCAUCUCCCUCAGCCCCAGCGGGGAGAUCGCGCCGGGGACGGACGUCUCCAUCUCCUGCCGCGGGCCCCGGCAGGGCAUGCGGUUCAAGGUGUACCGGGGGGGGGUCGCGCGGUGGCACACGGAGCCGGCCGGCUUGACGGCCGAAUUCCACAUCCCCAACGUCCGGCGGGAGGACGGGGGCACCUACACCUGCAGCUACGAGAGCCUGGGGGAGCCGCCCGUCAUCUCCCCCCCCAGCGACCCCGUGGAGCUGGUGGUAGCAGGUGCUGGUUCCGGCCCCACAGGGGGAUCCGACCUGACUCAGCCUGGAGCGGCGCCGGCUCCCACCCGCCCGGGUAGCACGCGGCCAGGGGCCCCCCCAAGGCAGGAUUAUACCCCGUUUGCCAUCGUCCGUCUGUCCCUGGCCGUCGGGGUCCUGCUGGCCCUGGUGCUGGUUCUGGCCGAAGCCGCGUACAGCUGGAAGAGGACCCCCCAUCCGCUGACCGCCCCACAGCCCAGCAGGGAGCAGAGCCGGCAGCCCGAGGGACAGACGGAGACGCUUGUGUUGGACCUGCAGCCCCCCCAAAUUCCUGCCCGGUCACUGGGGACAGGGACAGCAGGACACGCACACCAGGGGGGACGGGUGGGGGCUAUCGGACCCACGGGCCCAUCCAGCCUGGUAUCCGCACCCCACUCCCCACCCCCACCCCCGCCCCUGCCCCCUCAGAUCAGAUCCAUGGGCCCAUCCACACUGGUAUCCCCGCCCCACUCCCCACCCCCACCCCCGCCCCCUCAGAUCAGAUCCAUGGGCCCAUCCACACCAGUAUCCCCGCCCCACUCCCCACCCCCGUCCCCGCCCCCCCAGAUCAGAUCCAUGGGCCCAUCCACACUGGUAUCCCCGCCCCACUCCCCACCCCCAUCCCCGCCCCCCCAGAUCAGAUCCAUGGGUGCAUCCACACUGGUAUCCCCGCCCCACUCCCCACCCCCGCCCCUGCCCCCGGAGAUCAGAUCCAUAGGGCCAUCCACACCGGUAUCCCCACGCCACUCCCCACCCCCGUCCCUGCCCCCCCAGAUCAGAUCCAUGAGCCCAUCCACACCAGUAUCCCGGCCCAACUCCCCACCCCCAUCCCUGCCCCUCUAGAUCAGAUCCAUGGGCCCAUCCACACCCGUAUCCCCGCCCCCCCAGAUCAGAUCCAUGGGCCCAUCCAGCCUGGUAUCCCCGCCCCACUCCCCACCCCCGCCCCUGCCCCACAAGUCAGACCCACGGGCCCACCUAGCUCCAGUACUUGCCUCCAGCCCAGAGCGGCUGCCCCUGGGGUCUCUCGAUGGGAGGGGACGUUAAUACCGAGCAGCCUCCAUUAAACCCCCUGCUUGGCCGGCCAGCAACAACCCCGCGCCGUCCCUGGACUCUGUCUCUCGCCUCUUCAGCCUCACUAAUAAACAGAACUGACGGAGGAGGGAGCACUUCUGCCGGACUCCUGGGUUCUCUCCCCAGCUCUGGAAGAGGAGUGGGGGCUAGUGGUUGGGGGAGGGGCAAGUCAGGACUUCUGGGUUCUAUUCCCAGCUCUGGGAGUGGAUAAAUAGCUCGCCCCUGUGCCUCAGUUUCCCCUUUUCCUGAACCAUGGUUUAUGUUUUGUAAGUGCCGGGAGCUGAGCCCGGCCCCGCCUGCUCCUCUAGGCAGGCCUGGACUUGGCCCCCCGCCCCGGGGGGGGGGCGGGGGAAAAUGAUGCAAUUUCCAGCCUGCAUAUGUGAUGUAAAUCAUCACGGGACGGGGAAGUGAGUCUAAUCUGUGCUUAGCUGCGAGAGGUCGCCCCUCGCAUUGAUUCCCAGCUCCUGCAAGCAGAGCAGAAAACCCCCUGAGCCCCCCCGAAAUCCGCCACCGGGCCCCGCCGCGCUGGGGGAC